AUGUCUUCUUAUCUGCUGGCUCCAGAGGACAUCAUGCUUCCUCCCAGUCCUCCGGAGUGUGCAGAUGAAUACGCGGAAGAGCCCACUACGACCUGCACAGUUCCGUCAACAUUCAAAAGCAGAGAAACAGGAGCGGAUGUCCGUAACGGUGCUAGCACAGCCGCUCCCGCGAAGAUGACGCACUUGAUAAUGCAGCCAACUCUAAAUCUCAUCCCUAAACCCUACUCCUCCCUCAGCAAAACACACCUUCGCUCCCGGUCUCUGGCGAGUCCAGCAGCUCCAUCUAUGGCCAGAGCUCACUCCUCGCCCGGACCGGACUCGCGUGGUCGAUAUGCAUUUACGGGAAACCCUGGGGUUUCCCCCAGUCUUCACGACUCGUCGUUGAGACGUCAAAGUCCUCUCCGCGUUUCGGUGGAAGACAGUCUAUACCCAAGCAUCAGCACGCUACAUAUAUCAGAACCCAUAGCUGAACAUCCAGAGCUUCAGGACACCUCUAGAUCGAGAAAGGUGCAAUUGGAUGUGUCCUCCCACUCGCCGUUAUCGCCUGGCACUCUUGGGACCUUUCCCCGCACAACUCGCCGACGGCCAUCGUCACCCCUUUACCCAAGCAAUAGCAGUCCCAUCUCUGCCCAAGCGUCACCAAUAGUAUUUCCUGCGAAAUUCAACGAAUCUUACCCAUCCUAUUCCUUCUCCUCCACUUCCUCAAUGCCGUCAACACCAUCGAGUAUACGCUCGCGCAGCCCCAGUAUAUCAUCUCUGGAGACCAUCCCAGAUAUCCCGGACGCAGAAGCCGCGGCCAUCGAAGCCGAUCAAAUUGCCAUGCUGAAAGCUGCAGCAGAUCGAGCCGACGAAGCAGCCGCCGCCGCCAACAAGGAUUUCAACCGACGGCGGAGCGCCAUUGAUGUUUCUGGCUCGUCGAGUCCGUUGGGUAAUUCGCGAUUUGGGGGACUGGGUUCCUACGGUGGUACUAGGGCAGAUAAGCGGAAACGCUGGAGUGUGUGCGGGGCGGAGGGGAGGCAAGAUCUGGAUCUUGAAACCAUUUGGGAGGAUUGA